AUGGCAAUUGCAACGCAUGAAAGAAAUGAUUCUGAAAUCAGGCGAAAGCUUCAGGAUACUAGUGUCUCACUCAGCUCGUGGAUAGAUUCAGACGACCAUAAAUUACUACCGAGACAUUUAAGGCCUAGCGUCGUGUGCUUACUGUCCGAGGCGAUUGAUACCGCAGAGUCACCACACACCAGCAUCCACUCGUUGAAAGAUACACUAGCCCUGACUGAGUGUGGAGCAACGUAUUUAACUUCUCUCAGUCAUGACAAGGGCACACUGCAGCGUCUUGAUACCAUCAAAAGUCAAAGCGAAAAAGAUCGAUCGCGGCUGAUUGCAAAGGCAGAAACUUUCGUCCACAAGUGGAAACGCCAGCGGUUUCCAUUGCACGGAAUGCCGUCACUGCAACUAAAGACCAGCUCGUAUCUGAUUCCUACAGUCCAGGCACUUCAAGAAUCCACGAUUCGACCCACUGCAGAGCUCAAUUAA